GCCUCCCCAGCCCGGCGGAGCGCACGCCCGGCCGCCCCAAAGGCGCUCCCCCCGCCGCCUCCCCGGCAGCGGCAGCCGCGGCAGCCUCCUCUGCAAAAUGCCCCGCGUCUCCCCCCGGCUGGAAGCAUGAGCUUGUCCUUCCUCCUGUGCCUCCUCUGCCUCAGCCACCUGAUCCUCUCCGCCUGGGCGCGCCCGGCCCUCCGUGCGCAAUUUGGAGACGCGGCGCUCCGUGCCAAAAACAGCAGCAGCGGCGGCGGCGGCGGCAGCAGCGGCGGCAGCAGAAGACCGGGGAACCGGAGCGCGGCUUCUGCCUCUUCUUCCUCCUCGGCUCCUUCGUCGUAUUUGGCCCCCGCGUGGGGAGUUCAAGGCAGCGGCGCGGAAGGCACCAGUUUUCAGUGGAGCCCCUCCGGGCGGCGAACCGGCAGCCUCUACUGCCGGGUGGGCAUCGGCUUCCAUCUGCAGAUCCACCCGGAUGGGAGAGUAAACGGGUCGCACCAAGCCAGCAUCUUGAGUAAGCCGCUUUGCCCGCUUUCGGUCACCUUGCAUGGGGAGUUCGGGGAUCUUGGAGCCUGCUCGGAAGGGGGGGGCUUUGAUCCCCCCCUUGGCUCUGACGCUCUCUCUGUGUGGGACUUUUAG